AUGGAGGCGGAACCUGAGAGGAAAAUGAUCCACAGCCAAAACGAGGGGCCUCAUUCGCUCUCUCUGCCCGACUCACCUCUUCCCACACCCGGAGAAACGCCAAUUCGCGAUUCAAGUGUUUCGACAGCGCCAUCACCACGUCCAACAGCUGGCAAGAGGUCUUCGGAGGCGCUCGACAUAGAACCACACGGCGCGGUAACUCCACUCUCCAACAACCCUGAUAAACAUCAUGCUCCUGUGGCCAAUAUGAAGACAGCACGUCCCUAUCGCUCCCACAAGUACCCGGCCUGUACGCGCUGUCACAAGCGACGUUCAAGAUGUACCAUCGAGGUACCGGGCCAGGCAUGUCUGCUCUGUCGCAUGCACGGUGUCGCCUGUUCUUCUGCCACCGGCAAAAAGGACGAACGCGUCACCCCCAAGAUCGGCUUCAUCCAUCGCUCAAUGUUGCCCGAGACCGACAACAUGGCAAUCGAUGAGUCUUCCUACAUCGUUGGACCGAUUGUCGCUCGCGACAACCAGGUCAUUGACCAGUAUCUACCACAGGCUGCCAACAGCAACACCGGCCAUGUCCCGAUUCAGCCGAAUCUCGGUCGUAAGGACUCUCACCAGAAACCAAUCUAUCGUGCUCCUGUACCACCUAGAAGGCAAUCGCCCAACGACUGCGCAUGCUCCCGAAACCUGCCGAAUGAGCUGCUGGAACAAGUCGACCCAUUCCUCGACAAGGUGGUUGCCAAUUUCUUCGAAAAUGUCCACCCUGCGUUUCCCUUCACCGAAGAGCACUGUGUCGUCUCACGCCUCAAGACGCGGCAUCAAAUACCCCAGAACUUCUUAAUCAACCUAAUAUCCAAUGCCUUGUUCUACUGGGAUCUGUCCCCAGCUUUGGCCAAUUACGCCAGACCCGACCAAGACUUUGCCUGGCAGGUAGCCUGCUCAGUCAACAGCAGCGAAGCCUCAAAGAACAACCUGGCCAACAUCCUGGCAACAACCAUGAAUGUUGCCGGACGACCAUCGACAAACCUCAUCAAUAAUUCAACCGCCGUGGCUCGAAUAGUGGCCCUGGCCCACGCCAUCGGCCUGAAUCACGACUGUAGCGAAUGGAAAAUGUUGGAGCAAGAACGUCGCGUCCGCUGGAAAGCCUGGUGGGGCAUCGUGGUGCACGACCGCUGGUUCAACUUCGCUCAGGGCACACCGCCCUACAUCUCCAAGAACCACUACGACGUCCCCCUACCCACGCUCGAGCUCCUCACCGCCGGCCGCAGCAACUCGGUCAAGCACGUCCGCGCCGCCGAAGUCUUCAUCCACCUCUGCAAACUGACCGAGAUCGUCGGCGACGUCCUCCCCCUCAUCUACCACAUCCGCUCCGGCAACGACACCAUCGCCGCUGAGCAAACCUCGCGCUCCGAAAUCGAACUCAACCGCUGGAUCGAAAGCCGCCCCUCCUGGCUCAACCUGCAAGACUUCCAGAACCGCCCCGCCGUCCCCGGCCUCGUCAACCUGCAACUCUCCUUCCUCGCCGUGCGCAUGCUCCUGCGCCGCAUCGCCUGGCACGAGAUCUCCCAGCGGGAAUCCGAGCCCGCCUCCUCGUGGCUCGCGGGCUGCCAGGCCGCCGCCGAGGACAUCGUGCGCCUCGUCUGCUCGCUGGGCAAGCAGGACCUGCGUGGCUUCUGGUUGCCCUACAACGCGCACCACUUCACAUCCGCGGUCACGCUGCUGCUGCGCUGCGCCCUGCAGACGAAUUUUCCCGAGGUGCGCAGACACUGCAUGACGAGCGCGCGCACCCUCGUCGACACCCUGCGUCGCCACUACGACGAGACGAGCUGGGAUCUCGCGGAGACGGCUUUGGCGUCCAGCGAGAAUAUGCUGCGGCGUAUCGAGGACUCGAUACCACGGGAGCCAGCCCUCAUGAAUAACAACGGCGGCAUGGGCCAGCAGCAGCAACAGCAGCACCCCGGCCCUUUCUACGGCGGGUAUGAUCAGAGCGGCGGCGCACACGCGGCGGCGGGCGUGCAGGACGACGCGUACAUGAGCUACCAGGGCCAGCAGGGCAGCAUUGAGGAGCUGUUUCCCGAGAUCUUCUCGGAUUUCCAGGACACGGCGCUGUUUUCGGGCCAGGAGUUUGACGAGCAUUAUAAUUAUCCCGCGCCACCGUCGGCGACGGGGAUGGGGAGUGGUGGUCUGGGUUAG